GCUUACCAACAUUUAGUGGAUUCCAUUUAUUCUGUGAUACAUAGACUAUUCAAAACACAUUCAUUUAGUUUAUUGUUUCUGGGUUGUAAAAAGUCUAAAACCUUCGUUGAGUCAGGUAUGCAAACAGAAAAUGAAUGUAUUCCAACUCUUUAACUUCAGGGGAUGGCCAUUCACUGGAGAAAACUUUUAACGAACGUUUUUAUACGACCGUGUGGUGUACCAUACUGAUUGCCGUAGAGGCAAGUUGAGAGAACUGAGUUGAAUCAUAAUAUCAGUCACUGAAGCCAUUAAUUAUUGGUCUAAACCCUAUAGGGAGAUAGAGACUUUCUAGUCAAUCAUGUUAGAUAAGUCAUCUAUAAAUAUUUCCGGCGUACAAUACUUUAUAAAAGAACCACAUUUUCGUUAGUUAAAGGAUUUUAUGGGUUAAUAAUCCAUGUAUUUUCUGAUCCAAUUCUCUCAAAGUCAACUCAAACAUGACUCAAUUUUUCGGGUUAUAUUGACAAAAAUCUAUAGUUUAGAGUAAAGCAGAGUAUUUUAGCACACUAGGCAAUAAGUGUUCCCUACAUCGUUCAAAUCUACCAAGGGGAUCAAUUGGAUGAAAUAAUUUUGCUGUAGCUAACAAGCCAAUAGCUAACGGUUCUCUUCUAAAUGAUUGUCAUCGUGGUGGGAUUGACAAAUAAAUAUUCGCAGUUUAGCUGCGACAUGCAAGUCGAAAAUUCUCCUGCUUUGGUUAACGUAUUUAAUUUCUCUGUGGAAUGACAUACUGAUCGUUUAAUCACUCAGCUUUCAACUUAUGCGUCACCGUUUAGUACCCAGCAUUAUCUACGUCGAGUUAGACAACCGGCUAACAACAGCUGUCCCCAAAAACGGUGUGACUUAAAGCUGAGUACAUAGAUCAGUAUGUGGUAGGUGAGUUAUUCAUAAUUCCUCCUGAAUUUGGGAUUUUUUUUCUGUAGGUAAAUGAGAUCAUAAAAUGUCUAAAGUACAGUCAACUAUUUGAUGCAGCACUUCCUGAAUCACGAGUUCUCUUACAAGGUGCCAAUCUGUCUCUCACGUACGGUAAGAGGUAUGGUUUAGUGGGACGAAAUGGUUUCGGUAAAACAACUUUGCUUCGAUCGUUAGCCAAGGGAGAUUUGCGCCUACCACCUGGUGUCCGCGUAGUACAUGUAGAACAAGAAGUUGUUGGUGAUUCCACGCCUGCUUUGGAAAGCGUUCUUCAAGCCGAUAUAGAAAGACACACCCUCCUUAUUGAAUUGGCUCGCCUUCAGGCUGAAAUGAAAAAAAAUUCUGGCACGGAUCAAGGUUUAUCUAGUAGCACAAGUACAAUAGAAUCUCGGGUUGCAGAGAUUUAUUCUCGCUUAAAUGCAAUCGAAGCAGAUAAGGCUCCAGCUCGAGCUGCUGUCGUUUUGCAUGGUCUUGGCUUCAGUCCGGAAAUGCAGAGUAAGCCCACAAAAGAAUUUUCUGGCGGGUGGCGUAUGCGUUUAGCUUUAGCACAAGCACUUUUUGCGAAACCAGACCUACUUUUGCUGGAUGAACCUACCAAUAUGCUUGAUAUGCGCGCAAUAAUUUGGUUAGAAGACUACUUGCAGUCCUCAUCCAACAUCCUUUUGAUUGUCUCACACGAUCGAAGUUUUUUAAAUACAGUUGCAACUGAUAUUAUUCACUUGAAUUGCAAGCGUUUGGAUGCAUACCGAGGGAAUUAUGAUGCUUUUGAGCAAGCUCGUUCUGAAAGAUUGCUAAAUCAACAAAGGGAGUACGAGUCAUUGAAAGCUGAAAGAGAGCAUAUACAACAAUUUAUAGAUAAAUUUCGUUACAAUGCAAAACGUGCAUCCCUCGUACAAAGUAGAAUUAAGCAUUUAGAAAAGUUGCCACCAUUAAUUCCUCCUGAAAAAGAAUUGAAAGUUGUGAUUCGACUGCCUGAUUGUGAAAAACUUUCUCCUCCAUUGUUACAACUUGAUGAAGUCUGUUUUCAUUAUGUACUGGACAAACCAAUUUUAAAUCAUGUCAAUUUGAGCAUUUCACCAGAUUCACGAAUCAGCAUUGUUGGUGAGAACGGUGCAGGUAAAACGACAUUACUUCGCCUUCUUUUAGGUGAUUUAGAACCAACUUCAGGAUUACGCCACGCACAUCGUAGUUUACGUAUUGGCUACUUUAGCCAACAUCAUGUUGACCAGCUGGAUUUAAAAUUAAGCAGUUUAGAAUUUUUGAUGAGAAAGUUCCCAAAUCAGACUGAACAAGUUUAUCGUUCCCAGUUGGCGAAUUUCAAUAUAACGGAAAUGCUUGCUCUUCAACCAAUCGGUAGUUUGUCAGGAGGACAAAAAUCAAGAGUUGCAUUUGUUGCUAUGUGUAUGUCCAAUCCAAAUAUGCUUGUUCUCGAUGAACCGACAAAUCAUCUAGAUGUAGAAACGAUUGCAGGCUUAUCUGAUGCUUUGGUUAAUUUUCCCGGUGGAGUUGUACUUGUUUCACAUGACGAACGUCUAAUUCAAGCUGUAUGUAAUGAAGUAUGGGUGUGUACACGCAUGGGCAUAAGCCCUGUUGACAGUGCUAAAGGAAGUCGUGUAUAUUCAUUACCAGGUGGUUUGGAAGAAUACAAAAAAGCUGUUCGAGUUGAACUGGUUCAAUUAAAAUUGUAAUCUAUUAAGAUGAAAUUUGUAUGAAAUAUCCUGACAUUUUAUUAUUAUGUAAUUCUUCAAGAUGGAUUAUAAUUUUGGCUGUGCUUCAUUAUUCUUCAUCUGUUUGCUUUCAGUGAAAUUCCUUUACUUGGAAUAGAUAUGGCUUAUUU